AUGCUCACCGAAUACACGAUCAAGCCCUCGAAACUGGAAAAUCAGCCGAUAAUAGACGGCCAGUGUCAUGUGGAUUUCACAAGCUCAGGAUCUGCGAAUUCAGUUGGCGAGACGAAAUGCUGCCAGAGUCUGGGUGUUCCAUCACGGUGGUCAUACUUCAAUCGUUACAAAUUCGUAUUUCUGGCGGAAAUCCUGCUCGCCAUAUCGAUCGUCUGCUUCGCUGCGUCCGUAAUUUAUUUAACAGUCGCAUCGGGUUACUUCUGCGAACCCGAACAAAUCGACAAAGUACAUAGAUCAUAUAGAUCAACGAUCAACGACUCGACCCUGGAGAAACAGAUCCAAGAGUCAGAUCGACAACGCCUGUACCGUUUCUUCUACAAAGAUAAUUCGUCAGUCGUAAGGCCCGAACUGGAAUGGAUAUUAUCCCGAAUAAGCCAGAAUCGUCAGAAACGUGAGACGGAGAUCCCCUGCAAGCUGCAGAACAUGCAGUACUGCAAGACACUGAUCGAUUUCAUGAGGCAAAUCGUCAGUAUCGCGAACAACAGCAUGCCAUAUUUGCAGGCGUUACAGAUGGACACGAAAGACGAAAAAUCGAAGUUCAUGGAGCUGUACAACUGUCUUCGUUGUAAAAACGACUCGAUAACUUUCGUCGAUGAGUCUGGCCCCGAGAACGUCGAGAACGAUCAACGGGUUGUGUACUCGGAUCAGGCUCAGUUCCAGAAUAACAUCGACGUCGUCACCAAAUUAUUGGACGAUAAAUCGAACGAUAAUAAUACUCCGAGUGUGAGCGAUUCGAUGACUAAUAUAGAUGAAAUUAUUCGAGGAUCCACCCUGUCGGUUCUCGAUGACAACGGAAAGAACGAUUCGUGGCAAACGAGGAUAACGGAAGUCAGCACGAUCACGGUUGAAAUGACGGAUGACAAACCGAUGUUCACGGAAGCAGAGGCGAUUAAUGCAACAACGAAAUCCUCGUCGACGUCUGUGACGGAAGAGUCAGUGAAUCGAUUAAAGAGAAUCGAUGAUGUAGAGCAGUCAGUGGCUGCCGUGAACGUGACGGCUGUGUCAGACGGUCGCAACGUGACAGAAAUCGCAAUCGACACGGUGCAUCCUUCGGUGCAUCCUUCGGACCAAGGUCACACGGAACAGAGUACGUCGAAGCAGGAAACUGUAAACGAUCCAAGAGAUUCGACGACUUCACGUUCCCAAAGGAUGCAAGAAGCUCGGAGGAGGAUCAUCCCGGCGGAACAAUAUCUGACUACCAAAAAGGACGUCUCGCAAGUGAUCAUCCCUACUGCGGAGACGAUAAAAUCGACACAGCAGCUGCAAUUGACUCCGACGAUGUCGUGGAUGCCUUACCAGGUCUGCUUUUACGGGCCACCACCUGGUGGUCCUGGACAGCAAUCUGCUCCCGGUCAGAUGAUGUACCCAGCAACGUCACCAGGUACUUCGUACCCAAUGCCACCGCAAAGAGGAUACCAAAAUUCUGGCCAACCGCCGAACUUCGUGCAGGUGCAGGCGCAAACGGUGCAAUUCCUGCCGCAAUCACAACCAGGGAAUUCUGACCAACGAAUGGGACCAUCAGGCCCCGAAACGCAAAAUUUCCCGAUGUUCCCAGGAUAUCAGCCAUCUCCCAGCAGCGGAGCUGGGGUACCUGGAAAGCCUCCCUAUUACUGCACUUACAUCCCUGCGCCGACCUUCCAAUUUCCACCUAUUCCUGGAGUCUCGGAAUAUCAAAGAUCAUCCGACUCUGCUGAGAAAAACGACAGGACGAAAGAGGACGAUAAGGUGAACGGAUUGGAUAAUCAGAAGUCACUGAUGCCUGAGAACUAUGGACUGUGUCCCUUUAAUACAAUACGAUGCCGUGACGGUAGGCGAUGUAUAUUGAGAUCGCAAUGGUGCGACGGUCAGGUGGAUUGCUAUGAUGCCAGUGACGAAAGUAUGUGUUCCUGCAGGGAACGUAUAUCUCAGGAGAGGCUCUGUGAUGGGUACUUCGACUGUCCUCAUGGAGAGGACGAGUUAGGUUGUCUGGGUUGCCCGAAAACAUCCUUCAGUUGUAAUGACUGGCGCACACGGUACACCGUUAGCAAUUGUGUCCCUCUUUCUCAACGAUGCGACGGUAUUACGCAGUGUCCGAAUGGAAAAGACGAAAUCGAUUGUAACAUACUCACACCCACGUACCUCGAGGGCAGAACUGUAUUCACUGUUGGAUACACCGAAGGAUAUCUUCACAAAAAUUACAAAGGCCAAUGGUAUCCUGUCUGCUCAUCGAUAGAUUCGUGGGCAGAGGACGCCUGCGUCUCUGAGAUUGGAUCGGAAGUGAACGAGAAACCAGAAAUAAAAAUCCACACAGUACCGGAGAACGCGUAUCAGGGCCCCUACGUGGCGCAGACGAAAGAAGGAAUAAAGCUAAUCCCAUCGUGCCUGAACACAGCGGUCUACGUACGGUGUCCACGCUUCCCCUGUGGCACCAGAGUCUUCACACGUCAGGAUUCCUUACGACCGAACGUCUUGGAGAACGAGGACCAACGUGCUACAUCGUCGUUCAACACGAUUGUGGAACAAUUUUUCCGAAACGGUUCUAAUGUCGAAACCAAAGACAAUGAAAUUAACAAGGAAAACGACACAGUUAGCUCGCAAUUACGCGUGGUUGGUGGACGCGCGAGUCAACCGAAAGCAUGGCCGUUUCUGGUGGCCAUUUACAAGGAUGGGAAAUUCUACUGUGGUGGGGUUAUCUUGAACGAACUGUGGGUCUCUCUGAUUAUUGAUCCAUACAUGGGCCACUACUUCGAGAUUCAAGCAGGGAUGCUUCGUCGAUUCUCCUUCGCCCCAAUGGCGCAAUCGAGGAAAGCAAGAUACACCGUGAUCCAUCCGCAGUACGACAGCAACGAUAUGAGAAACGAUAUCGGAAUGAUCAUGCUGGACGAUCCAUUGCGUUUCAAUCGAUGGGUGCGACCUGUUUGCCUACCGGAAGCGAACAUCUUGGGCAGCAUGUGGAGACACAAACCGGAAGCUGGCUCCACCUGCAUUGCGAUCGGAUGGGGAGCCACCAGAGAAUUUGGACCGGAUCCUGACCACCUGAGGGAGGUUGAGGUGCCAAUACUGGAUAAUUGCAAGCAUGAAAUAGAUCAGAACGAAGCAGUGAUUUGCGCAGGCUACCCUGAAGGUGGUCGCGACGCCUGCCAGGGAGACAGUGGUGGUCCUUUGAUGUGCAAAAAUCCGUAUUCAGAAUCGCAGUGGUACGUGGCAGGCAUUGUCAGUCAUGGUGAAGGCUGCGCUCGACCAGAAGAGCCGGGUGCUUAUACCAAAGUCAGCCACUUCCAAAACUGGAUUCGAGAUAUUUCUAGUGGUCAACGUAUGCCUCCCCUCAGACGAACACCUUUAGAAAAGUGUCCAGGUUUCAGCUGUGAAGGGGGUCUAGGCAAAUGUUUGCCGAUAGAGGCUCGUUGCAAUCGACUAGUGGAUUGUUUAGAUGGCGAAGACGAGCUCAAUUGUCCUGGCAAUCUAAAAUAUCCCUCAUACAAACAAUUAGGUGAUCCUGGGAGUGAGAUUAAUUCUGUGGAACUUAUGAAUGAGACAUCGACUGUGACUGACGAGAUUUUAACCAGUGUGCAAUUUUUUCUCGUAGAUACUGAAAUUCCUGAUGUCACCACCCAGUCAGCAUCUAUCGAUGAUCAAACUAUAGAGUUUGAAAUUCUAAAAUCCACAACGGAGUAUUUUAUCGAGGAAAAUAAUGAAUCAUCAUCAAUGGCACCGAUAGAGGCCCGUACGACAUUCACGUGUUCGAGGUUUCUGCAAACUAUUCCGAUAAAUAAACGAUGCAAUAGAAUAGUAGACUGCGAAGACAACACCGACGAAAAGAACUGUACCUGCAAGGAUUUCUUACUCAACCUGAAACCGACCGCCAUAUGCGACGGUUACGUGGACUGUGACGACCAAACGGACGAGAAAGAUUGCCAGAUCUGUGCCGAGAACGAAUUUUUCUGCAAGACCAGCAGAACCUGCAUCGACGCGGCCAAGAUGUGUGACGGAAAUAUCGAUUGUGAAUUCAUGGAUGAUGAAAAAGACUGCUUCGCGCUGAGUAAUGGUCAACGCAUGUACUUAGACGCGGAUGGACGGCCAUAUUUGAACACGGAGGGUGUUCUUACGCGAUUUGUUAAUGGAAAAUGGCGGCCCUCUUGCCAAGCUGCUAAAAUACACCAGAAUCAAUCUACGGUCACGUUUAUCGGGCAGAAAAUGUGCACGUACUUCGGAUUUGCCAAUUUGCAAUCAUCGAAGCCGAUCAGCGUGAGGGACGCCGAAUUAGAAACGGUACGUUGGAGCAAAGAGAGCGCAGCUUUUCACGAUAGUCCGUCAGCGACCUCUCUGAACAGCGAAGGGAACACCUGUCUUGCAAUCUAUAUGCAUUGCAGACCGGUUCUGAGCGGCAGCAAGAGCACAUAUCGGAUUGUGGACGCGGAGACCGGAAACGGUGACUACCUGUGGCCCUGGCUAACCGCCAUCUUUGUCGACGGAAGCUAUCGUUGUUCGGCUGUAUUAUUGGACAGAAAUUGGUUACUCGCUGCCUCGAAAUGCGUGGAAAACGUCAGGUUAAAUACCAAUUACACGACUGCUAUGCUCGGUUAUGGUCCAUUGUUCCGUUACGUGGACGGUCCUCAUCAACAGAUUACGAUCGUCGAUGAGAUACAACCUGUGAAUGGUUCUGUGUCAGUUUUAUUGCACUUGAAACAUCAGGUGAAUCUCACUCGUCAUGUUCAACCACUGUUUCUCGAAAAGAAAAUAUAUCUACCGGGAGUGAAUGACACUUGCGUGGCUGUUGGAACCGACGAGGAUCAUGAAACGAAAUCUAUCUCUUUGCGACCGGUUUUGCAGAAUUGUCAGAAUUGCCAGCGAUGCUUCGUUAACACAUCGAUCUCCGAAUGUUCGGAGAAUAAAACAUCAGAUUGGAGUGGAACGAUAUUCUGUCUGGGUAAGAAGGGAUGGUAUCCGACAGCGACGUUCGAGGACGACAAAGGUCCCUGCGACUUCCGGAACGUUCAAAAUUUAACGAGCAUCGAUCACAUAAAUCCUUAUCUGAUGGAAGCUUUGGAUGGCGCUAGAUCAUCGAUCGAAGCUUCCUGCGACGGUUUUCGGUGCCCUAUUGGCCAGUGUAUUCCGGAGAACCGAGUCUGUGACGGUGUUCCGGAUUGUCGAGACCAAGCUGACGAGGAUCCAGAAUAUUGCUCGAGAAUUCGUGAGAAUUGCGAUAACAGCGUCGAGAAAGAUGGUUGCAACUGUUUGAGGUCGGAGCUACGCUGCGGAAAUGGUAAAUGCGUUGACAAAAGUGCAUUCUGCGAUGGGACCAUCGAUUGCGCCGAUGGAUCCGACGAGCCCAACAUAUGCACCUGUGCGGAGUACCUGAAACUGACCAAUCCAGGGCGACUAUGCGACGGAGUUCGUAAUUGCUUGGACAAAACCGACGAAUCGCCGGAAUUGUGUCCUUGCAGAGACAAUAGCUUCAAGUGCAUGACAACAAGUGGCAGUGAUACCUGUAUUCCUCAAGACUUCGUUUGUGACGACAACAAGGACUGUAUUAAUGGCGAGGACGAAUCAGUGUGCAGAAAAUUGAAACUAUCACUAGACAAUAAUACCGAUUCGGGUGAAGUGAUCCGACGAAGUUACGGAGUGUGGCACACAGAAUGUUUCCCAGAACCGAUCACAUCGCAGGAGAAAGCGUUCGAUCUUUGCAAAAGCUUGGGAUAUACGUACGGAGAGAUUAAGAACAACACUAUGAUCAGUGAAAAACCAAUGGUCACUGCACGAGAUAAUUUUUACAUGGUAAAAAUAAACGAUUGGACAUGGAUCACUUUAAGGGACGAUAAACCAUUGAUCACUUUGGUCAAACCCGAUGAAACUUGCCAUCGUGCGUUCGUUACCUGUGCGUGA